AUGAAACGGCGUAGCUGCAGCAGCGGCAGUGGAAAUAUCUUCGACCGAGAGGAUGUGAUAAAUCUGAUGCGACUUCGCAUCGAUGGCUCCAUCCGAAGUUUGCGUCAGCUGAAGAACAGCAUCGAGAAGAAGACCGGCGAACAGGUGGCACUCACUACGCUCUGGCAACAACUGCAUAAAUUUCGGGACGAAAUGGCAUCAGAGACAGGUACUGCUGCAAAGAAACGAAAGACUUUACGGCCCGAGGUGACUGAGGAUGCUUCAGACCCAAUUGUUGUUGUUGAUGUGAAGAAGGAAGAAGAAGAGGAAGAAGAAAGUGAUACGGCCAGUACGACCGUGAAAAUCGAGAAACCAGAAGGUUUUUUUUUCUUGAAUAUUCGAACACGUAAAUGGGACACGCAUGAGGAAACAACUGUUGAAGAUCCGCUGACCAGAGCAAAAUCCAAGGUUUGGUUAUUCUGUGAACGAAUUGAUGAAGACGGGGAAUCAAAAGCAAAAUGCAAAAUUUGCGGUAUGGUUAUGCUGCGUAAAUUGGGUUCCACAAGAGCGAUGCUACGGCAUCUACGGAAAAUGCAUGAGAAUUUAAUCGAUGGCAUCAUACGGCCGAUAACGAAACGCAUUCAAGCGAUUGCUGGUAAACCACGAGAUAACAAUGGAUUUGAUGUGGAUGAUGAUGGUGCUUGGGUGGAAGAAGUUGAUCAGCCCGGAUAUGACUGUGGCACCACUCAACAUCGAUACGUAACAACAGCAUCACAGCAACAACAAAGACUCGCAGCUGCAUACAAAUCGCAGAAUCUUACACGUUUUGCUCAGCCAGAGCAGCAACCCGAGCAAUAUCGUGGUGAUUACUACUUGGAAGAAGCAAGCUCGUUACAAACGACAUGCUGUCAGUCAGUGGAGAAUCUUGCGAUUUUGGCUGGAGAUGAAACGGCCGAGAAGGAUCCGGAGGUUGCGGAUUUGUUGGGUUUUGCUCGGGCAGUUGCCCACUCAGUACAGUCCUUUCCAACAGAACAGCGACCGCUUGUACGACUGGCGAUUAUGGAAUGUAUUGCCGAUAUGCGAAAGACAUUUACUUUCGAUCAGGCCGCACUAGGAGAAGCCGAUAAUGUUGUGGUUGAUGAUGAUGAUGAUGAUGAUGAUGAUGUGCUAAUUUCCGAAUGA